UUUGUACAAUAUGAAUCCAACAAAUCUUCUUCUUCUUUCAUCUCAAAACUUGAAAGAAUGUACAAACAAUUUCAACCAAAUCAAUCUCAUAGGUUUGACAAAGUUUGGAGGAUUGUUUAGAGGAAACUUCCAAGGUCAACAUGUCUUAGUGAAGAUAUUGGAUGAUGAAAAAUUGAAGCACAUAAGUUCCAAAUAUAAUGAUGAAAAUUUGAUUCUCAAAGAGGAAAUAAAGUUUUACACAAAUCCAAAUUUGAAAGAUUGUCCUAACUUUGCUACUUUGAUUGGUUACACUUGUGAAAGAGAUAUCAAAGGGAUUGUUUAUGAUAUUAAUCCACUUGAUACUUUGGAUAAUGUAAUCAAGAAAGGUAUGAAUUGGGUUCAGAGAAUAAAUGUAAUUUAUGAGAUUGCUAAGUUCUUGAAAUUCAUACAUGAUCAAGAGAAACAAAACAUGGUGUUGAAUAUUAAUGCAUCUCAUAUACUUCUUGAUAAGGAUUAUAAGCCAAAGUUAUUUGAUUUAUUGUUGCUUAGUGAAAUGAAAAUGCUAAAGGAACAAUUAACAAUGUCAACUAGCUACAUUGAUCCUUAUUUUUCUCUAAGAGGUGGUGAAUGGAAUAAAAGCUGUGAAGUGUAUUCAUUUGGCAUCAUUUUGCUUGAACUAGUAACCAAAAGAAUUUCAAACAUUGAAAAGAUAGAAGAUACAAGCUUAAACAUGGAUAAUCUAUUACAUAUUUGGGCCAAGAAAGAGUACAAGCCAAAUUGUUCUCUUGUACACAAACAUCUGCAAGAAGAUUGGCUUUAUUAUGCUGAAGAUGGUGUUGCAAUAACUCUACUUGCUUUGCAAUGCAUAGAAUUUUUUCCAGCAAAUCGUCCUUCAAUGAGUUAUGUGUUGCAAAAUCUAGAAAAUCUUUCAGUGUUUCAACAUUUGUUUGAUGCUAGAUCAACUAAAAGGGAAAAGAAGUUCAUUUCAUCAUGAUGCAAAUUGAUAUCUCAUAAGCCAAAUAUUUGAAUGUAAAAUAACUUUUCCUUCCUUAUUAUUAGUAUUAAAAUGGAAAGAAAUUAGUAUGGGGA